AUGACUGCAAGAGCCCUGCUCCUCGCCUUCCUCGCCGUUGGCGACGGCCUACGCGUGCCUCGCGCACGCCUGUCGCCACGCGGCGGCGCCGUCUCGUGUGUCGCCCGCUUUGGUGGGACGCCGAUGAGACCGGAGGAGGAGGAGCAGCACGCACGCGCAGCAGAGCUGCCAUCAGAGCUGGCGGGUGGGUGGGAGGUCCGCUCGUCGUACUCGGGAGCGGAGGAGACGUGGGUCGAGCUGCUGCCGGAUGGCUCGGCCGAGGGCUCGGCGCGCAGCUUUAGCCGCGGGCGCGGGUGGCGAGCGGCGCCUCGCGAGGGCGGCAAGGUUGGCUGGCGAUUGACCGUGACGAUGGAGGACAAGAUAAGUUCGCCGCUCACGUUUGACGGGACCGUGCGCGAGGACGAGUACGUCGGCCUCUCCUACUCAGGCCGCGUCCUCGCGCCCAGCAAGAGGACAGGGCAGCCCGCAGAGGUGGGCGAGUUUCGCGCUUGGCAGCGAUAG